AUGCAGUCAUCCAGCGACAACAAGCUCGAGGCAAUCUCCAAGGAUGUCGAGAUGCAUACCAGUCCCGAUGUCGAAGAAGGUGAAGAAAUCAAGAGAGAUCGAGCGUCUAUGAUUGCCAUUGCGGGAAUGAUUGGAACGGGUCUCUUCUUAAGCUCCGGACAGGUAAUUGCCAUUGCAGGCCCCGCAGGUGCCCUCAUAGCCUAUAUUAUCAUGGGCUUGAUUGCUGCCGGAGUCUCUUACACAACGGGAGAAAUUACGGCCUUUAUGCCGGUGACGGGUGGAUUCAUUCGGCAUGCAACGAAAUUCGUUGAGCUAGCUCUCGGCGCAGCAACGGGCUGGAAUUUCUGGUAUACCAGGGCCAUCUCCGCGCCUGCAGAGAUUACAGCCACUUCGACUGUGGUUCAAUUCUGGAAUGUACCCGUCAAUGUAGCCACCGAAGUCGUCUUUGCAACUCUCAAAAUCAUGCUGAUCCUGGGCUUGAUCCUCGGCGGCCUUGUGAUUGAUCUCGGCGGAGGCCCGGAUCAGCAACGUCUCGGUUUCCACUACUGGAACACACCCGGUGCAUUUAACGAGUGA